UUUAGCAUACUUUUAUACAUACUUUCGGAUAGAAUUCCAUUAAAUGUAUCAAAAUUCAACAGUCUUUUGGAAGUUGAUAGUGUAAAUAUGGAUUUAAAUUCGAGUCGUUUGGAUAGUCGACUUAUUGACAACGGAAACUCGAUGCAGCCCCCUACCGGAGGAGAGUUGGUCACUAUUGGAACUCCAUCCAGCGAUCUCCUAAACAGACCGGAAAUUAAUCAUAAUGGAAAUGUUGGGGACGGAAGCCAGAGGUCAAAUAGCAACUCGCCGACGCCAAACUGUGGCGGAAGCGGCGACGGUAAAAAUCUUACAUUUUCACCUGAACAGGUUGCGUGCGUUUGCGAAGCUCUUCAACAGAAGGGGGACAUUGACCGUCUAGCGCGCUUCCUGUGGUCACUUCCGCCCAGCGAGCUGCUGCGAGGCAGCGAGGCGGUGCUCAAGGCGCGGGCCACGGUUGCCUAUCACAGGGGAAGCUACAGGGAACUGUACGCCAUUUUGGAGAGCCACACAUUUGAGAGCAGUAACCAUCCUUUCCUUCAAAACCUUUGGUACAAGGCUCACUAUAUGGAGGCACAAAAGAUCCGAGGCCGACCGCUCGGGGCUGUUGAUAAAUACCGUCUGCGCCGGAAGUACCCUCUUCCUAAAACGAUAUGGGACGGCGAAGAAACGGUGUAUUGUUUUAAAGAAAAAUCGCGGCAAGCAUUGAAAGAUUGCUACAAGGCGAAUCGUUACCCGACGCCUGAUGAGAAGCGCAACCUUGCUAAAAAGACCGGUUUAACAUUGACUCAAGUGAGCAAUUGGUUUAAAAACCGCCGACAGAGAGAUCGAACCCCGACCCAACAGCACGGCUUUGUAAACAGGGAUCUGAUGGAGGAGCAGUUCCAGCAACAGAUGCACCACCACCACCACCAAACAUUCCCUGCCGGGCCGGGCAACAUGAUGACGUCACACGGUCACCACGACUACCGGAACGACUUGGACGUUUCCGUCAAAAUGAUUGACGAUAUGAGAAUGAACAUGAUGAACGGCAUGGUGAAAAGUGAACCAUUACCGCCCCACUACCCAUUUAGUCAACAAAUGGACCACCGACUUCAUUAUUCAGUUCCGGCCGUAUGAUGAAACAUCGCGUGAUUUGUGUCUUUGAAGUGUCUCGUGGGCCUGUGAGAAUGAGCGCCCCACGUUCGUAAAAUCUCACUUUCGUUGAAAGUAUAACGCAUUCAGGAACAAGGGCGCAUGCGCUAGACUGUCGUUCUUAAGAUGGACAUUAAAUGGAAUCUCUUCUGACGUACAUGAAUGUCGAAGCUUGUGCUCGUUUAAAUGGAACGCCCCUUAAACUAUUCCAUAUUCAAAUCUAUUUUGUAAAUAGAAUUUCUUUUGUGUUAUUUAAAUUUUGUGGUAUACAUUUCCAAGAAAUGUGUUACCUUAACGAUGAAGUUCAUUAGAUGUAUGUUAAACAAACUGCACCGUUGAUCGACAAUCACAUACAGAGCAUAUCGACGGUUAGUAGUGUAUAUUCUUUUCAAAAUUUAAUUAUGUUUCACGAAGUAUGUAUAAAUGGUGGUUUGAAUUAUUGAUUAUAUAUAUGGUCAAUUUGAGAUCAAUUAAAAUGCAUUCUUAUUAAAAGUCAAUAAACACAUCUUAUUAAAAAAUAAUAAACAACAGUACGCGUAUGCUUUUUUUUAACUUUAUUGUUUCAGCAACGGGUGUUUCAUUAUCAUUAUAUUAAAUAUAAAGUUUACACCAACAUAAAUUUAAAUGUUCAUGUACGACUAUAACGUAAAUCAUGAGGAUAAAUGUAACGGUGAAUAUUAUAUUUUAAUUUUACAAAAAUGAAACCCGUAAAUAAUAUCCGUAACGUGUUUACUGAUUCUAUAAUUUUAUUUUUGUUAAAAAGAACGUUUAUUAAGUUUUUAAUUUGACUUGUUUUUAUUUUUAAUUUGCAAUAUUCAACAAUUGUCGACGAGUUCAAAUGAAAAUACAAAAAAAAGACUAUCGGUACUAGAACGGUAUAUGUAACGUUUAUAAAUAUGUUAUUUAUUGUUAACAAUUCAAACGAGGCAAUGAGUUUCAAUAAAUACACAUUAUGAAUUAUUUUAUGCGAAUGGACAUUUAUUUAUAUAGCUUUUGCAAUAUCGAUCAUACAUGUGCAGGAAGGUUAAAAUAUUCUUGUUUUAUUAUUUCAAAAUACAAACGAACGUUUAUGUAAUGAGAAUUUAUUGAAUAAACUAAGUUCAUGUUC